CAUCAAUGGUUCAGGUGGGAUGUCGGCCAUCGAACUUAAGUCUGACCUGCCUGGUUAUUCUGGUUCUCAUGAAUAUCACGUUGACUUUCCUGUUGCUGCAGUCGGAGACUUGCCUCCCGAUCAUAAUGCCGAGGGAUUUGGGAUCGAACGCUAUAACCGAGUGGAACCUCGGCACUUUAAUCAAAGAGCCGCAGCAAGAGCAGCAGCAACAAUCGGACUGCGUCACACAAGAUUACCAAUCGUUGCCAGUUGACGCGACCGAGUUAAAAUUGAACAUAAAUCUCGGCAGAUGGGAUGCUCGUAGAUUGUUCCGUACCUUCGACCACAUCCUCGUUGGAUCGAGUUUCGUUAAAUUGUCACGGGCGUAUCGGGUUUGCCUGGCUACGCAGAGCUCCGUCGAGAAGCUGCACUCGAUCGUCCAGGCGGCGCACCACUGGACGGGGCCUAUGUCGGUGGCCUUGUACGUGGCAGGCGACGAGGAGUUCGAGGUUCUUCAGAAGUAUCUGAUUUACCUGAGAAAGUGUUACGAGCCGAUACGGGAAAGGGUGGCGUUCUCGUUGGCCGUGCCCAGGGUUAGACCGGUGAAGAGGCAGCCGCGUGAAUUUGACCCGCCCGACAUGGUGGAUUGUGCCAAACCCGAGGGGACGUUGAACGAGUUGAUGAAUGGAAUAUCGAACGAGCAGGCCAACUGGCGGAUACGGAACGCGUACCCCCAGAAUCACAUGAGGAACCUGGCCAGGAAGAAUUGCCAGUCCGAUUACGUGUUCCUGACCGAUGUAGAUAUCGUGCCGAGUUUCAAUUUGACCGGCGCCCUCGAUGAAUUUCUUAGAGCCGAUACCUGUGAUAAGUGCGCCUACGUAAUACCGACGUACGAGCUGGACUCACGCGUCAGAUUUCCGCAGAAUAAGACGGAAUUGGUGAGGCUGGCGAGGAAGGGGUUGGCCAGACCCUUCCAUCAGAAAGUCUUUAUCCAUAAUCAGUUCGCCACCAAUUUCACCAGAUGGAUACUGGAUACCUCUCCUAAUCAUAAAAGGUAUGGAAAUAUGAAGAGUGGGAAGGUGUACGUCAGUCAUGACGUGACGAACUUUGAAUUCCUUUACGAACCGUUCUACGUGGCAAAGGAUAUCGUUCCGGCUCACGACGAAAGAUUUAUGGGUUACGGAUAUACCAGAAACACUCAGGUGUACGAAAUGUUCGUGGCUGGUUACCAAUUCAAGGUCCUUUCCCCGGUUUUCACGGGUCACUGGGGUCUGCAGACCAGGAAGACGAGGCCGGCUUGGCGCGAACGGCAGAACAGCGCCAACAGGAAACACUUCGAGACGUUCAAGAAAGAGGUUUUCGCCCGUUACAUGCGCGACCCCUUAAAGAUGAUGAAGAACGCCCACUGACGAAAAGUUCGUCGAAGAUUUCGUUGACUUUUCACGAGAUCUUGAUCGCCGUCCUUCUUCACACUCGUCGCGCGAGCCACUCAUCGAACGUGAUGCCGAUCCAACGUGAUCGUCCCAAAAAUGGUGGUGUGUGGCCUCUGAUUUCUUCUACCUGACACGUUUGUGCCAUAACGUUUAAAAAAAAAAAAAAAAAAAAACGUUUGUAAACGGGCGAUACGAAAAUUCGAACGUAUCGUCGACGGUCUAAUCGAUUGACUGUUCUAUUUUUCACACCGUCGAAUCGAAGACCAGAUCGUUUUCUAUAUAUAUAUUUUGUAUUUCGUGUCGCGAACGAUCUACAUAUGUCAGAUUACAGCAUUAAAUAUUUGAAGUUGAACAACGGUUUCAAGGGUUUUUUCGCGUUUAUUUAUAAACACAUAGCGAUUUUCGAAUCGU